AUGGUUUCUCGUUCACUCAUUGAAUUUACUGACGAAUCUAAAACGAAAGUGACGGAGGUGAUUACACAUCAGCUCAAUAAAAUUCCUAUUAUCAAAGGGGACUUCAAUAGUUUGUCCACAAAAGUGCGACUGUUCGUUGCUGAAAAAGCCGAUUUGAUGAAACCUCGUGCCAUCUACAUUUGUGAUGGAUCUGAAGAAGAAUUCAAAGAGCUCAUUGGAAAAUGUCUAGAAACCGGUGUUUUAUCGCCACUGAAGGCAUACGAAAAUAACUAUAUCUGCCGCACUGAUCCUCGUGAUGUGGCGCGCGUCGAGUCCAAAACUUGGAUGAUUACACCCGAAAAGUACGACUCGGUGUGUCACACUCCUGAGGGAGUGAAGCCAAUAAUGGGCCAGUGGAUGUCACCUGACCAGUUCGGCAAGGAAUUAGAUGACCGAUUCCCCGGUUGUAUGGCUGGUCGUACGAUGCACGUCGUUCCAUUCUCUAUGGGACCUGUUGGUGGUCCUCUUUCUAAAAUUGGAAUCGAACUCACUGACUCCGUAUAUGUCGUGCUUUGUAUGAAAGUUAUGACUCGAAUGGGUAAAAAAGUCUUGGACGCAUUGCUAAACUCAAACGGAGAAUUUGUGCGUUGCAUUCAUUCAGUUGGACAGCCACGCCCUGUUCUAACGAAGGUUAUCAACCAGUGGCCAUGCAAUCCAGAAAAAACAAUUAUUGCACAUCGCCCAGCUCAACGAGAGAUUUGGUCAUUUGGUUCUGGAUAUGGUGGUAACUCACUUUUAGGCAAGAAAUGUUUCGCCCUUCGCAUUGCAAUGAAUAUUGCUUAUGAUGAAGGUUGGAUGGCCGAACACAUGCUUAUUAUGGGCAUUACUAGUCCUCAAGGAAAAGAACGCUUUGUUUGUGCAGCAUUCCCUUCUGCUUGUGGAAAAACAAAUUUGGCAAUGCUAGAGCCAACUAUUCCUGGAUGGCGAGUGCGCGUAAUUGGCGAUGACAUAGCAUGGAUGAAAUUCGGACAGGAUGGACGUUUAUAUGCUAUAAAUCCGGAAGCUGGUUUCUUUGGUGUGGCUCCCGGAACAUCCCACAAAACAAAUCCUAUGGCAAUGGCAAGUUUUCAGAAAAAUUCGAUUUUCACAAAUGUGGCUGAAACUGCUGAUGGCGAGUAUUUCUGGGAAGGCCUCGAGAAAGAGCUUAAGAAUCCAAAUAUUGACAUGAUUGAUUGGCUGGGAAAACCGUGGCAUCUAGGAGAUUCUACCAAAGCUGCCCACCCAAAUUCGAGAUUCACUGCACCAGCCGGCCAGUGUCCAAUCAUUCAUCCUGAUUGGGAAAAACCUGAAGGUGUACCGAUUGAUGCAAUAAUCUUCGGAGGACGAAGACCUGAGGGUGUACCGCUUGUGUUUGAAUCGCGUAACUGGAUCCAUGGUAUCUUUGUGGGGGCGUGUGUUAAGUCAGAAGCUACAGCAGCAGCUGAAUUUUCAGGCAAGAAACAUUUUAAUUUUCUGCUGCUUCUAUGUAAGCAAAUUAUGCAUGAUCCAAUGGCCAUGCGACCAUUUAUGGGCUACAACUUUGGACGAUACAUGCGCCACUGGAUUAAACUAGGACAACCUCCACACAAGGCUCCAAAGAUAUUCCAUGUGAAUUGGUUCAGAACAGAUGCUCAUGGCAAAUUUUUGUGGCCAGGAUACGGUGACAAUAUUCGUGUUCUGGACUGGGUUCUCAAAAGAUGUGAUGGUGAUGACACUAUCGCAAUAGAAUCCCCAAUUGGUUACCUACCAAAAGAAGGUACAAUCAAUCUUGAUGGCCUGCCUAAUGUGAACUGGCCAGAGCUAAUGUCUUUACCGAAGAAAUACUGGCUUGAAGACAUGGAAGAAACCAAACAUUUCUUCGAUCAGCAGAUCGGAUCAGAUAUUCCUCCUGAGAUUGCUAAAGAACUUGAAGAACAAACGGAAAGAAUCAAGACUAUGCCCUGA